AUGCAGCAGCUACAGCAACUUCAACAACAGCAUCAACACCAGCAACCGCAGCUACAACAACAAACACCUAGUGUAGCCAAUAAUACCAUUGUUGACGACCCGAUGACUGGUGUUGAUGGCCCCGUUGGCAAUAUAGAUGGCGCCAAUGUCAAUCCCAUCUCUGUGCCAACUCUCAACGCCACUCCUACUGUACCGUCACCCUCCUCUGCUGUAGCCCGUCCUGUUGCCCCCGCCGUUUCCUUGGCCCUGGUUCCUUCCUCUACUUCGACCAAUUCUACCAGCCAGACUAAUGUUAGGCAGCAAAGUAAACAGCACCAGCGCCAGCAACGUCAUCAAUGGCAACACCAGCACCAGCAUCAUCAGCGUCAGUACAGACGUCAGCCAGGGCGACAGCAGCCCCCACAGAGGACAGGUAGCCUCAACUAUUGGCAGCCACUGCAGACUUAUGACAGGAACUCUAAUGGCCAGGCCAACUCUAGAAGUAGUCAGAAUCCCAGCCAGCAGCAACAGGAACAGCCUCAAAAUAGGAUUGUCAGGAAUCCCUUUAGAAGAAAUCAACCUAACAACUCCAAUGCCUUUGGCUUAGCUAGCCGACCAAAAAACCCCGCUGAGGCUCACUUGUCCCGAUUCCAGGCUAAACUUAGGGCCGAGCGAACCGGAAACUUGGCUUACGCUCGUCAGCAGCGCUCUCCUACUCAGGUCACUCCUAAUGCUAAUCGUGGCCAGAGCCAGAGCCUUAGCCAGCAGAAGGGCAAUUAUGUGGAAGUCCAAAACAGCCAGGUGAACAAAAUUCAGCAGAAUUAUGCCCAGCUCCUGAAGCUGCACAUUAGGACUCAGGCCAGACUAGAUAACUACAACAGGGAUAGAAAGUUUAAUCUGGAAAUGCAGCAGCUACAGCAACUUCAACAACAGCAACAACACCAGCAACCGCAGCUACAACAACAAACACCUAGUGUAGCCAAUAAUACCAUUGUUGACGACCCGAUGACUGGUGUUGAUGGCCCCGUUGGCAAUAUAGAUGGCGCCAAUGUCAAUCCCAUCUCUGUGCCAACUCUCAACGCCACUCCUACUGUACCGUCACCCUCCUCUGCUGUAGCCCGUCCUGUUGCCCCCGCCGUUUCCUUGGCCAUGGUUCCUUCCUCUACUUCGACCAAUUCUACCAGCCAGACUAAUGUUAGGCAGCAACGUAAUCAGCACCAGCGCCAGCAACGUCAUCAAUGGCAACACCAGCACCAGCAUCAUCAGCGUCAGUACAGACGUCAGCCAGGGCGACAUCAGCCCCCACAGAGGACAGGUAGCCUCAACUAUUGGCAGCCGUUGCAGACUUAUGACAGGAACUCUAAUGGCCAGGCCAACUCUAGAAGUAGUCAGAACCCCAGCCAGCAGCAACAGGAACAGCCUCAAAAUAGGAUUGUCAGGAAUCCCUUUAGAAGAAGUCAACCCAACAACUCCAAUGCCUAUGGCUCAGCUAGCCGAGCUAAAAACCCUGCUGAGGCUCACUUGACUCGAUUCCAGGCUAAACUUAGGGCUGAGCGAACUGGAAACUUGGCUUACGUUCGUCAGCAGCGCUCUUCUACUCAGGUCACUCCUAAUGCUAAUCGUGGCCAGAGUCAGAGCCUUAGCCAGCAGAAGGGCAACUAUGUGGAAGUCCAAAAUAGCCAGGUGAACCAAAUUCAGCAGAAUUAUGCCCAACUCCUGAAGCUGCACAUUAGGACUCAGGCCAGACUAGAUAACUACAACAGGGAUAGAAAGUUGAAUCUGGAAAUGCAGCAGCUACAGCAACUUCAACAACAGCAUCAACACCAGCAACCGCAGCUACAACAACAAACACCUAGUGUAGCCAAUAAUACCAUUGUUGACGACCCGAUGACUGGUGUUGAUGGCCCCGUUGGCAAUAUAGAUGGCGCCAAUGUCAAUCCCAUCUCUGUGCCAACUCUCAACGCCACUCCUACUGUACCGUCACCCUCCUCUGCUGUAGCCCGUCCUGUUGCCCCCGCCGUUUCCUUGGCCCUGGUUCCUUCCUCUACUUCGACCAAUUCUACCAGCCAGACUAAUGUUAGGCAGCAAAGUAAACAGCACCAGCGCCAGCAACGUCAUCAAUGGCAACACCAGCACCAGCAUCAUCAGCGUCAGUACAGACGUCAGCCAGGGCGACAGCAGCCCCCACAGAGGACAGGUAGCCUCAACUAUUGGCAGCCACUGCAGACUUAUGACAGGAACUCUAAUGGCCAGGCCAACUCUAGAAGUAGUCAGAAUCCCAGCCAGCAGCAACAGGAACAGCCUCAAAAUAGGAUUGUCAGGAAUCCCUUUAGAAGAAAUCAACCUAACAACUCCAAUGCCUUUGGCUUAGCUAGCCGACCAAAAAACCCCGCUGAGGCUCACUUGUCCCGAUUCCACGCUAAACUUAGGGCCGAGCGAACCGGAAACUUGGCUUACGCUCGUCAGCAGCGCUCUCCUACUCAGGUCACUCCUAAUGCUAAUCGUGGCCAGAGCCAGAGCCUUAGCCAGCAGAAGGGCAAUUAUGUGGAAGUCCAAAACAGCCAGGUGAACAAAAUUCAGCAGAAUUAUGCCCAGCUCCUGAAGCUGCACAUUAGGACUCAGGCCAGACUAGAUAACUACAACAGGGAUAGAAAGUUGAAUCUGGAAAUGCAGCAGCUACAGCAACUUCAACAACAGCAUCAACACCAGCAACCGCAGCUACAACAACAAACACCUAGUGUAGCCAAUAAUACCAUUGUUGACGACCCGAUGACUGGUGUUGAUGGCCCCGUUGGCAAUAUAGAUGGCGCCAAUGUCAAUCCCAUCUCUGUGCCAACUCUCAACGCCACUCCUACUGUACCGUCACCCUCCUCUGCUGUAGCCCGUCCUGUUGCCCCCGCCGUUUCCUUGGCCCUGGUUCCUUCCUCUACUUCGACCAAUUCUACCAGCCAGACUAAUGUUAGGCAGCAAAGUAAACAGCACCAGCGCCAGCAACGUCAUCAAUGGCAACACCAGCACCAGCAUCAUCAGCGUCAGUACAGACGUCAGCCAGGGCGACAGCAGCCCCCACAGAGGACAGGUAGCCUCAACUAUUGGCAGCCACUGCAGACUUAUGACAGGAACUCUAAUGGCCAGGCCAACUCUAGAAGUAGUCAGAAUCCCAGCCAGCAGCAACAGGAACAGCCUCAAAAUAGGAUUGUCAGGAAUCCCUUUAGAAGAAAUCAACCUAACAACUCCAAUGCCUUUGGCUUAGCUAGCCGACCAAAAAACCCCGCUGAGGCUCACUUGUCCCGAUUCCAGGCUAAACUUAGGGCCGAGCGAACCGGAAACUUGGCUUACGCUCGUCAGCAGCGCUCUCCUACUCAGGUCACUCCUAAUGCUAAUCGUGGCCAGAGCCAGAGCCUUAGCCAGCAGAAGGGCAAUUAUGUGGAAGUCCAAAACAGCCAGGUGAACAAAAUUCAGCAGAAUUAUGCCCAGCUCCUGAAGCUGCACAUUAGGACUCAGGCCAGACUAGAUAAGGGCUCUGGAUACGCUACUCCCUAG